GAUCCUUUGUGGACAUUGCCGCUAUGUGAAUCGAGAUCGGGAGAAGAUAACGGGUUCUACCACCCUCGAAAACAGAAAUAGCUGUUUAUCGUAUUUGAUGCGCACGUGUAUGUCUUGCGUUGCAGUUGUGUAAUAAGCAGCGUUGAGUCAAGGCCCGCCUAAACAGGCUCUCUGUCGUUCUGUUUAAGGGGAAGCUCAGUAGCUAGCUGAGUUGACGGUGGUGGUGAUGAUGAUGAUGAUGAUGCAUCGAAGGAUUUAUCCCGGUGUCUCGGACUGAGAUGGAGCCAGCGACGUUCAAGUGGAGCUGCUUGCUAGCCAGCUAGCGAGCUAACGGUGCCGCCGGAAUUCAUUGUACCCGAGCAGACCUGGAUCGCUAAAUGGGUGCAAGUGCAGAUUUUUUCCACAGGAUUUACUGUAACAUUAUAACACCGUUACCUCACAGUCCUUAGAUUUACUAGACUUAACAUGCCGACGAGCAAAAAUUACUAGCUUAACCAUCUAGGUUAGUUACACGUGACUCAAUUUAUCUCUCUUCAACUAUUCGUAAUACCACUGGCUGUCCGUGGAUACUUCAGUGACAAUUAUUGGACGGUGUGUAUCAGGAUGGCACAGCUCUUGGACGGGGCCGGAAAACUGGGCUGGAUUCUCCUCAGAUCUGUGCUCCGUUUCACAUUUAUGUUCUUCAACAACUGUGUAGCCAUCCCAUCCUACUGCUUAUACCUGCUGCUGCUUCAGCCACUGAGAAUAUGGGACAGCUCCACUUUUUGGCACAUCGAAGGAGUCAUGUUCAAAUGGUUGCUGGCCAUGGUGUCUUCUUGGGGCUGGGUUGCAGGUUAUACAGUCACAGAGUGGGGGGAUGAUGUGCGGCCUAUCUCUGAAGAAGCAGCCAUGGUCAUCGUCAAUCACCAAUCCACAGGAGAUGUCUGCACGCUCAUGAUGUGCCUGCAAGACAAGGGCACGGUGGUGCGAAAAAUGAUGUGGUUGAUGGACCAUGUGUUCAAAUACACCAACUUUGGCCUAGUGUCCCUGAUUCAUGGGGACUUUUUUAUCAGACAGGGUAAAGCUCACAGAGACAAGCAGCUGGUCUAUCUAAAAGAUCACCUAGACAAAUACUACCACAGCCGUGACAGGAAGUGGAUAGUGUUGUUCCCUGAGGGUGGCUUCCUUAGGAAAAGGCGGGAAACCAGCCAAAUGUUUGCCAAGAAAAAUUCUCUCCCCCACCUGACCCAUGUCACAUUGCCUCGUCUUGGGGCCACCCAUGUUAUCCUGAAAACUCUGUCAGCCCAGCAGGAGAAUGGCAGCGUGGGCAGCGAUACAGGAAUCCCAAACCAGACAGCUAAUAAACGUAAAGGCCUGCAGUGGGUUAUAGACAUGACCAUAGCAUACCCCAAAGCCAGACCGAUGGACAUCCAGACUUGGAUCUUUGGCUACAGACCUCCUACAGUAACACAUGUACAUUACAGGAUGUACCCAAUAAAAGAGGUUCCUGUGGAGGCAGAGGCCCUGACUGACUGGCUGUAUCAGAGGUUUGUGGAGAAAGAAAAGCUGCUGGCCCAUUUUUAUGACACAGGAUCAUUCCCUCCUCCAGAAGGACAGAAGGAAGCAGCUUCCCGGCAGAUGACUCUGGAUCCUGUGUGGCUGUGCCUCGUCCAGUCGUUUGCUUUUGCCUCUGGUUACAUGUGGUACAGUGUCCUCCAGUACCUCUACUGCUGUUUAUUUUGAGUGCACUGAUGAGGUGAGAGUCUUUAUCGGACCACUGGAAGAGCCUCAGGAUCGGUUGGUGUGUGGCCGAGUGUCACACUUCCCCCCCCUACGAUGGUUGAAUGUACAUUUUCAGCAGUGGAAAGACUUAACAAGAAAACAAAAGGAAAGGAAAAAAAUGUAAAGAGAAGUUUUUGUUUUUUGUUUUUUAUUUUUUAAGAAAUACAAAUUACAAAAACCCAUACGAUAUGAAACUGGUCACAGGCGUAGUUAACUCGCACACAGCCCCUAACGCGACACACUCGCUCUGGUGGCCCAUCAGAAUAAUCUCACACUACUCUCUCACUACUCACAUUUUGAUGUUUACACGUCCUCAACACAUAGACGCUCACACGUACAUGACUUUUAUUUGAAGUUAACAAAAUGAGGCUCAGGACUCCUCCAGAAGAUGCUCUGGACUGGACUCUCCCCCCCCUCACCCCCACCCCGAAGCUUUAGCUGUAGUAGUUUUACAGAGUAUAAAGUAUGUAUGGAUGUGUGAACUAAUAUGUGACUAGAAGCAAAAUGUCUGCCCUUACUCUUCUUCCUGGUGAGAGUCGUUAAAGCCCACUGGACCUGUCCUUCAGCCCGCUGAUGAGUCAGCUGGCUACACCUUCCAGAGAGAGCGGCUGUGAACGUUAAGGCUACGCAGCCCACCGCUCCUCUGGCCUUCAUUGCACUAAGGAUCCAUACUGCCCUAACUGCUCCCUGCCCCAGGAAAUAAUCCCGAACAGUAGCUGUCAAUGUUUUAAUUUCUUCUAUUUUUUCCCCUAACCCACGUAUUUUCACAACAGCCAUUGUAUUGUUAAUGUCCUUUUUGUUGUUGAUGUUGUUGUUGUCUCGACUCUGUCCUGCCCGUGUGUCAAGGCAGUGUUGUGAGCUUGCUGCUUAACGGGGGGGGGGGGGGUUUGGUCAUGUUUACACUGGCAGCCCUGCUAAAAUCCUAAAGGGAUCGUGGCUUUGAUGCAUGAGCAAGGAUUGUUUUCCGUCAGGGAGGAAGAGGAGAUGUGCCGUAACGCUUAUUUAAAAACAAUAAAUUUCCCCCAAAAACAGGAACAACACGGUGGAAUUGGAAGGAAAGAUGCAGAGUCUCAUCACCUAAAAAAUGACUUGUGGAUUCCCCCUUUUUACGCCUCUGCUAUCCAGCUCACAUACAAACAUGCACACACAGUCAUGUGCAGCUACACACAGCAGAGUAGACGUCUGUGUAGAGGAUCAUUUCAACAAGACAGACUGAGAGGGCAAUGACUCUUACCCCCCACUGGACUAUAUAGUUUUACAAAUAUUUAAGCCAUAUGCUUAGUGUCAGUGGUGGGAAAAGACAUGGGAAAUUUGUUUUCUUUUUUUUUUUUUUUCUUUUUUUUUUUUUAUAGAAAGCUACCCUGAUGUUCAGCAUUCUUCAAUAGAGAUUUUGGCUUAAAGAAUUAUAGGUGUCAUAACUGUAAAUUUACAGCAUAACCUGCCUAAGUGAGUGUGUGGUUGUCCUUACCCUUAUUUUUAUUUUAUUUUUUUUAUAUAUGAAUAAAUAUAUGAAUCACAUCAUGCUGCUCUGCGACAUCAGAGUUUGGUGACAAUUUCACGUCCAGUGGUUAAAUUUUAUUUCAUUUUAAAUUACAUGAACAUUUCUUUCUUCAUGUCAUGGUAUGUUUAUAUCUUGUACAUAAGAAAACUGAAAAAAUGAUGGAAAUGACUGUCUCUAUAGUCCAUGAUGAUUUCAGAUAUUUUUUAUUUGAAAUGUGAAUGAUUUUUAAAAAGAAGAAAAAAAGAGAGAAGAGAGAAUUUUACUUUCACCUUUCAGUAUUACCCUGUUUUUGUUCUGAAUAUGUGCUUCAUGAUUUAAUAGCUACUGUAGGACCACGUGCACAGCGGCGCAUGGACCCGGUUGCAAACUUAAGAUGAUCAGGAUUUAAUGGAAGAACUUUCAAGCCUUACUGGAUAUGCUGAUUGACCACAACCCCAAAUAAUGCUGUUUCUUUGCAUUCCUUCUUGACACAUUUGGUUUUAGUUCAUUGUAAAAACGGUUCCAACAUCUGGGCCAGCGAGGAAGGAAUCGGUAUUUUACAAGUGAAGCUCUCUCGAAUGUACCCUUGUUGUGGUUUUGAGGUCAGUUAAUUGUAAUUUGCUUAGCCUGCUUUAACAAUGGAAAUGAGAGGAGCAAUACUUGUCAUUGUCAUUAACCAAUGCAUAAAAGGUGCAUUUUAGUACUUGCUACCCUCCCUAUGUGCCACUGUAGGUUUUUUAAAAAAAAACUGUGUGAAAUACAAAAAAAGGGCUACCUGACUAGGUAGGUGAAAACAAUCAGACUGUAAAUGUUGUUUUAUCCUGUCCCUUUCAAUUUUCCCUCCAUUGUGAGAGUGACUUGAAAUGAAGUUUCAUCUUUUUUUAUUUCAUUUUAUUUUUUAUUAUGUUUUCACCAUGUUUCCAAAGAAGGCAGGGAAAAAUGUUUUCCGAGAUGUGGUUUUGGGAAAUGAACACAAUAGGGAUUUAAACAGAUUAUACUAGAACUGUCUGUAAUUUUCCAUUUUGUACUUCUCCUUUAAUUCCUAGCUACACAGCCAUUUUACAACACAGACAACUUGUGCUGGAAUAAAACAUCAUAAA